AUGGCUAUGAUCAAUAUCUACUGCUAUGUCGUUUUUGUUAUUUUCAGCAUAACAGUUCAAAUAGAAUCGCAAAUAUGCGAGAAAACACCUCAGUAUGGUGAAUGCUCAACAAACAGUGCAUGUGGGUGCUUUCAUAUGGUAGGUACUAAUAAUGAUGUAGGUGUUUGUGGGUUUCUUUGGCCAACAUGUUAUUGUCUUGUACCAUGUAAUUCUUCAGGCAAAUCAUGUCAAUCUAAUACGAUUUGCGUUCGACAUCCGGAAUGUGAUGGUCGUCCUCUUUGCUAUCCAAUUGAAAUGACUGAUGAAACUAUGCGUCCACCAAUGCAAAAUAAGAUCAAUCUUACAUGGAAACAAAAUAGCAUCACUGUGGCUGGUGAAAAUGGAGAAGGACAAGGAUUAAAUCAACUCCAUGGCCCUGUUGGAAUCUUUAUCAAUGGAAAGAAAAAUAUAUUUAUUGCUGAUAAUUAUAAUCAUCGUAUUGUUGAAUGGAAACAUAAUGCCAGAGAAGGACAAAUCAUUGCAGGUGGAAAUCGACAAGGAAACCGAAUGGAUCAAUUGUAUCUACCAUCAGGUAUGAUUGUUGAUCAACAAAUUCAUUCGAUCAUUAUUGCUGAUCGUGGAAACAAACGAGUGAUUCAAUGGAUGAAUCAAAAUCAAUAA